AUGGAUGAUCAAAUACGCCGCUACAACGUGGAACGGUCGUGUCUGCGUUGUCACGAGCGAAAAGUUCGAUGUGACAAGGGCGCUCCCUGCAGCAAAUGUGUGCGACUUGGUGUAACUUGCCAGUAUCCUGGUCCCAGGAGAGUCAAGCGUCGACCUCCCAAGACCACAGUGACCGACGUGGUGACCCGACUGGAACAGUUGGAACGGUCCAUCGCGACAUUGGGAAGUCCGGGACCCAGUCUGCGGAAUGCUCCACUUGCGAUUGGAACUCGUCCUCCAGAUUCAAAACAUAAAAGCUCGCUGCCAAGUAGCAGGGCCCCAGAAGACGAGCCGAGUCACCAUGGGAUUUUAGUGAAUGACGGCAGCUAUAUCGAUGAGCCGCUUCUAUCACGAGUACUGGAAAAGGACAAAGAAUUGCAAUCUGCUAUCGGAUCACCAAGCACUGGUAAAAGUGCACCGAGGAAAUUUCCACCACUCAAAGUCGAUGGGAUCAUCACGAAUCCGCAUCUGAUCACUAUGGACCUCAAAGCCCUUCAACCAGACCAGUGGCAGGCCACGAUGCUGUGGCAUACAUUUGUGAGCAGGGUUGAUCCCGUUCUCAAGGUUCUUCAUAUCCCGACUACAGUCACUCGCAUCUUUGGUGCCAUCAGUCGACCCGAAUCUCAAAAGCCGGACAUCCACUGUUUACUUUUUGCUAUCUUCUUUGGUGCCACCACGGCCAGGUGCUCAGAUGAACCCGAGAAUGAGCAGAUACGUGCAGAUUUACGUCGAUACCAACAGGGCUUAGAGCUUGCUAUGCAUCACUCGAACUUUCUGGACUGCCCGACAGUGCCCUCAUUACAAGCCAUGGCAAUUUAUCUGACAUGCCUGCGGUAUACUAAUAGUGGCCGAUCUGGAUUUACUCUCCGAGGUUUAGCCAUCCGAGCAGCCCAGUCCAUCGGCCUCCACCGCGACGGGAAAUACUUCAAAUUAAAACCACUUGAGUGCGAGCUCCGCCGUCGCCUAUGGUGGACUCUUUACACAACCGAUGCGCGAAUGGCAGAGGACCAUGGAAUAACAGUGGCCGAAAAAGAGUUCGGCGCUGACGUAGAUUUCCCAACCAAUAUCGAUGACCUGAGCGUCUCCGAAGACUCUGUAGAUCCAGCCCAGCCCCACGCUCGUUGGACAGAGAUGUCAUUCUCCCUCAUAAUCACCGAAAUCAACAAAAUGUGGAUUCCACUCACGCGAGCCACCUCCGAUACCCGCGGCGCCUCAGCAGAACAACUAAUCAAAGACCUAAAGACAAGACUCCACGAGAGAUACCUCCAAUACGGUGACAUGGACAUCCCAAUCCAGCGCCAAGGCAUGAUGGUCGCCCAAGUCCUCGUCGCUAAAGCCGAAAUUCAUACGCGCCAAAAAAUUCUACAAAUGCAAGGCGCGGCCUCAUCAUCCGUCGACCAAGCCGCAACCGCCGAGCUUCUUGGAAUGGCCGUCAACGCCCUCGAACUCGGCCUAGACAUGCAUACCGACAAGCUCCUGCACAGCUUCCGCUGGCUUACUUCUACAUAUACCCAGUUCCACCUCCUCACCUAUAUCCUAUGGCAUCUGUGUGUCUAUCCGACAGGCGCACAUGUGAAACAAGCUUGGCGCGGCGUCAAUCGACGUUUUGAUUUAGCGGAGAAUGAUGCCUCUUGGCCGGACCCGGGACCGAAGUGGCCGAUGCUCGUGCAGCUGAGGAGAAAAGCGUUGAGGAUUCGCCAAGCGCAUGGAGCGCUUGAUCAAGGGGAUCUCAAUGUUCAAGAUGCGCCUGUUGGAGCGAUUGAAGAGCGAUCGACUACGGGAAAUGAGGCGUAUCUCGACCUCAAUGACUGGGAUUUGAAUUGGCUCGAUUUUCCGGAUUGGAAUUAUCUGGCGCAGAGUAUUGCCAUUAUGGGGCGGUAA